CACCUACAUUCCUGUUUCCAACUCCAAUCUUAUACGUCUACACUAGUUUUGUUUUAUUUUUCCCUUUUUUUAAUUUAUUUAUGUGGUGGUUACUGAUUUUCUGCAGUUGUCUUUUCCGAAUGACUUCCAACGACUUUCUUUUUCAAUCGUUUUCCCGCGAACAUGUUGGAAUUUGGAUUUCCUUGAAGCUCAAAUGCCCUCUUUAUGGGCUAAGAGAUAAACAAUACAGCAUUUAGAGAAGACCCCGGAAUCGAAAAUGGCCUCUGGUAAUGAGACUGCCCCUCCUUUGAAUGAGGUGGAACGGCAAAAUGCAAAUGAUGACCUUGAGCAUGGCUUAGCAUAUCAGGCAGCAAAAGUGGGAUUUUUCAGAGUAUUUUCCUUGGCAAAGCCUGAAGCUGGGAAGCUAAUUGUUGCCACCAUCGCGCUUUUGGUAGCAUCUACAUCAAUUGUUAUGCUGCCAAAAUAUGGUGGAAUGGUAAUAGACAUUGUAUCAAGAGAUAUAAGGACUCCUGAACAACAAUCUGAAGCCUUGACUGCUGUCAAGAAUGCUGCACUAGCUGUUGUGCUGAUAGUUGUAUUAGGUUCUCUGUGUGUAGCAGUUCGGGAAUGGUUGUUUGCUUCUGUUAGCGAAAGGAUUGUAGCUCAUUUGAGAAAGGACUUAUUCAGUCACCUCAUUAAUCAGCAUACUUGAUAUUUAACUGGCGAACUCCUAAGUAGACUAUCUGAAGACUCCCAGAUCAUAAAGAAUGUGGCAACUUCCAAUCUCUCUUCAGCUCUUACAAGCAUAACAAUUGUAUUUAUUGGUCUUGGCUUCAUGUUCUCAUCAUCA